AUGUCUCAUGCCGCCUUUGUUUAUCUGGACGAUGGGAUCCCGGGGCAUAAACAGCGCUUAGAUGCUGUCGCUGCUAGUAUAAUUCACAAGAACGAUCUAACUUUAUCCGGUUUGGUCGCCAAUGAUGAGAAGUGUCAUUGGGAACCAAUGCAGGUUGGGGAAUGGCUUGGCCUUAUCAUUAAUACCAUUAAUUUUCAUUUUGAAAUUCCGCCUCGCAAGAUAGAGAAAGCUAAGAAAAAUAUGGAGUCUGUUUUGUCCUCAAA